CGGGCGCGGACCGGCGCGGACCGGGCGCCGGCGUCUGGGAAGGGGCCGCUGGCCCCGGGGUCGCGCAUGCGCCGCCACCAACCUCGGGCUGUCAGUGGAGGGCGAAUGCUGGCUCCAGGGGGAGACGACACCCUUCGGGGCCAACGGGCCGCGCUCCGAGGCGGCUGUGGGAACGACUCAUCCCUUUUCCAGCCGGGGGGCGGGGUUAGAGUCGGGGUCUGGGCCGGGGGAGGCCCCUCCCCCGUCUCCUGGCCUGCCCCCGUCAUGGGCCGCGAUGAUGGCGGCCCUGUACCCGAGCUUGGACCUCUCGGUCGCCUCCUCCUCCCUGCCUUCCUCCCCAUCCUCUUCUUCGUCACCGAACGAGGUGAUGGCGCUGAAGGAUGUGCGGGAGGUGAAGGAGGAGAACACCCUGAAUGAGAAGCUUUUCUUGCUGGCGUGCGACAAGGGUGACUAUUAUAUGGUUAAAAAGAUUUUGGAGGAAAACUGUUCAAGUGACUUGAACAUAAAUUGCGUAGAUGUGCUCGGGAGAAAUGCUGUUACCAUAACUAUUGAAAACGAAAACUUGGAUAUACUUCAGCUUCUUUUGGACUACGGUUGUCAGUCUGCAGAUGCACUUUUGGUGGCAAUCGACUCUGAAGUAGUGGGAGCUGUUGAUAUACUACUUAAUCACCGACCAAAACGAUCAUCAAGACCAACUAUAGUAAAACUAAUGGAACGGAUUCAGAAUCCUGAGUAUUCAACAACUAUGGAUGUGGCACCUGUCAUUUUAGCUGCUCAUCGUAACAACUAUGAAAUUCUUACAAUGCUUUUAAAGCAAGAUGUUUCUCUACCCAAGCCCCAUGCAGUUGGCUGUGAGUGCACAUUGUGUUCUGCAAAAAAUAAAAAGGACAGCCUCCGACAUUCCAGGUUUCGUCUUGAUAUAUAUCGAUGCUUGGCCAGUCCAGCUCUAAUAAUGCUAACAGAGGAAGAUCCAAUUCUGAGAGCAUUUGAACUUAGUGCUGAUUUAAAAGAACUAAGCCUUGUGGAGGUGGAAUUCAGGAAUGAUUAUGAAGAACUAGCUCGACAAUGUAAAAUGUUUGCUAAAGAUUUGCUUGCACAAGCCCGGAAUUCACGUGAAUUGGAGGUGAUCCUAAACCAUACAUCUAGUGAUGAGCCACUUGACAAACGGGGAUUAUUAGAAGAAAGAAUGAAUUUAAGUCGUCUAAAACUUGCUAUAAAAUAUAACCAAAAGGAGUUUGUCUCCCAGUCUAACUGCCAGCAGUUCCUGAACACUGUUUGGUUUGGACAGAUGUCAGGUUACCGGCGUAAGCCCACCUGUAAGAAGAUAAUGACUGUUUUGACAGUUGGCAUCUUUUGGCCCGUUUUGUCACUUUGUUACUUGAUAGCUCCUAAAUCUCAAUUUGGUAGAAUCAUUCACACACCUUUUAUGAAGUUUAUUAUUCACGGAGCAUCAUACUUCACAUUCCUGCUGUUACUAAACCUGUACUCUCUUGUCUACAAUGAGGAUAAGAAAAAUACAAUGGGGCCAGCCCUGGAAAGAAUAGACUAUCUUCUUAUACUGUGGAUUAUUGGGAUGAUUUGGUCAGACAUUAAAAGACUCUGGUAUGAAGGAUUAGAAGACUUUUUAGAAGAAUCUCGGAAUCAACUCAGUUUUGUCAUGAAUUCCCUCUAUUUGGCAACCUUUGCCCUCAAAAUGGUUGCUCAUAACAAGUUUCAUGAUUUUGCUGAUCGGAAAGACUGGGAUGCAUUCCAUCCUACACUGGUAGCAGAAGGGCUUUUUGCAUUUGCAAAUGUUCUGAGUUAUCUUCGGCUCUUUUUUAUGUACACAACCAGCUCUAUCUUGGGUCCCUUACAGAUAUCAAUGGGACAGAUGUUACAAGAUUUUGGGAAAUUCCUUGGGAUGUUCCUCCUUGUUCUGUUUUCUUUCACAAUUGGCCUGACACAACUCUAUGAUAAAGGCUAUACUCCAAAGGAGCAGAAGGACUGUGUGGGCAUCUUCUGUGAACAGCAAAGCAACGACACCUUUCACUCGUUCAUCGGCACUUGUUUUGCUUUGUUCUGGUAUAUUUUCUCCUUGGCACAUGUGGCGAUCUUUGUCACGCGGUUCAGCUAUGGCGAAGAGCUGCAGUCGUUUGUUGGUGCUGUGAUUGUGGGCACGUACAACGUGGUUGUGGUGAUCGUGCUGACAAAGCUGCUGGUGGCAAUGCUGCAUAAAAGCUUCCAACUGAUAGCGAAUCAUGAAGACAAAGAAUGGAAGUUUGCCCGAGCAAAGUUGUGGCUUAGCUACUUUGAUGACAAAUGCACAUUACCCCCGCCCUUCAACAUCGUUCCUUCACCGAAGACUAUCUGUUAUGUGAUUAGCAGCCUCAGUAAGUGGAUUUGCUCUCAUACAUCAAAAGGCAGGGUCAAACGGCAAAACAGCUUAAAGGAAUGGAGAAAUUUGAAACAGAAGAGAGAUGAAAACUACCAAAAAGUGAUGUGCUGCUUAGUGCAUCGCUACUUGACUUCUAUGCGACAGAAGAUGCAAAGUACAGAUCAGGCAACUGUGGAAAAUUUAAAUGAACUACGCCAGGACCUGUCGAAAUUCCGGAAUGAAAUAAGGGACUUACUUGGCUUUCGGACUUCUAAAUAUGCUAUGUUUUAUCCAAGAAAUUAACCAUUUUCUAAAUCAUGUUGCAACUCAUUUUCAAUAAUAAACCUGAAAGACUGCAUUUACAUAAUUUGCAAUUAACAGGUAUAUAUUGAAAAAAGGAUUAUGUAAAAGCCAUUCUUUAAAAUAUUUAUAGUGUUAAUAUAUGUUAUGUAAAAUAUGUAUAUAAAAUUGUUUUUUUUAACACCCUAUGCUGGUGGCUUUACACAGGAACAAAUGAAGUACAUAGUUAGCAUGCUGCUUGGUUUUCUUAUUUGGACAGUGCUUUUAAAUUUUGCUUUGUGCUUUAAAGGGACAGUUAAAAUUGCACACAUUGUCCAGAAUGUAUUGUAGAAUGGAGGUCACCAAACGGGCUGGUCUCCUAUAGACUACAUUGUGAUAUAUAAGUCAUAGUUUUUAAAAUCUCUGUUUUAAGGGUUCGCAUAUAUUCCAGUAUUAUGUAGAAGUAUAGUUUUAUCUAAAAUAAUGGCCUAAGUUUUCUUUUUUAUUUUGUUAUAAUCUUAAGCAACAAAUUUUUAAAAGCCUAAUGAUUAUUUAUGUCUAUAAAAUUCACUUCAGUUUUGGUUAUUGUAGUAUAUUCACUUUUACACAAUUGUAAUCACUGUAUAUUUUUAAUUUUGCUUUUUUCAUCUAAUAGAAUUUUAUAUAUACAUUUCCAAGUAUAUACUAACAUAGAUUUGUCCAUGUAUUUGAAUUUUUACAGAAUUAUAUAGUUUUGAAAAUUAUAGUAAGUAGACAUUUUCAUUUUGUAGUUAUAGGAUAUUUGAUUAUAAGUUUGCAUAACUACUUUUCUAAGGUUAGGCAAUUGGUUGCUUUUAAUUUUUUUCCUCUCAUAAUAGAGCUAUAAUUAUUUUUUAUAGUUUGAGUGAAUGUUAACCUUAUAUAUGUUAACAGUCUGUUUUAUAUUUUCAAACAUUGGAAGGCCCUUAAUGCAAGGAUUUGCUUUAUAUUUGGACUGAAGUUCUUGAGCUGAUCUUCCAAUAUUUCUCCCACAGAAUUUAUCAUAACUUUUUUAGAAUGGCUUCAUGCUUAUUUGUAAAUUAACUCUUGUUGCUUAAGAUAGAAUGCACUGAAUUUUUAAAUUGGAGAAUCAAGUGUAUUUGAUUUUUUUGUGUGUGUUCACAUAAGAAGUGUGGUUUAAAUUUUUUACAGACAAGUGCUCAUAUCCUUGCAAUAUUUUCAGUGAAGAGGGUAUGAGGUAUAUAAUUCUCCUCUUAACUGAAUGUCAGAGUUGUAGGCCACAGGGUGCAGGUAGCCCUUGGUCAAUAAGCACCACUGAUCCAGGGACUGUUGUCUAGUUAGUGUUGUGCUUCACUAGCUUUUUACUUUUUAUUUUCCAGAUUGUAAGUGUUCCCCCUUUGGGGCAAAUUCUUAUAAAAAUGUAAAGUUAUAUAUUUUGUCUACGGUGGGAUUAUGCACUUCCCAACUGGGAUUUUACAUCAGGAUUUUCAGUCAUUCUAAAAAAUAUCUAAAUAUUAUAUCAGAAUAUUUAUAGAAUGCCUACUAUAUGCAUGAGUUAUUUAUGAGGUAUAUUUUGAAUGGCAGCAUAUUGUAUGAAAAACAGAUGAAUAAAACUUUGUAUUAGAUCAUAAA